CUUUCUUCAGUUGCAGGCUGUAAUAAUGAACACUAACCACAGUUGAAUGAUAGUGAUUAUUUUUGUAGUGAGCCUGAUUCAUCUCCAUGUACAUGUUAGUAUAGGAUUAGCACGUGCUGACCAAUUGCUACUGCAACUCAUGAUUUUUUCCGCCAACACAUUGAUCGAGUACAUCCUAACUUAAGAGGCGAGUAUUUUCGAUUCAUCGGGAAGCUGAUCAUAGUGUUUGCGGUGCUGUAGUUCACUUCAGAUCUUCAACAUGGUGGAAACCAGCGAUACAUGCUCCACCAGCGAAACAGAGCAAGCUUGAAGUUUUGUUUUUGCGCGCAAAGGAGCAGGCGACUGCAGCUGUCGCUGCGCCUGCGCCGCGGACGAAAAAGAAAAUCAAAUAAAUGGCAUACGCAUACAAUAACAUGCAAACUUAUCCCAUUCCGCAAGCGACACAUCGUGGCGCUAGUUGGAUAGCCUGUGGAGUGGCUGGCGCCACGUCAUCCGCGUCCUCGUCCUCGUCGUCCUCUCCGGUACUGCAGCAGAUGACGCCGACCAUUUUUCCAAAUCGGGGCGCCCAUCCAGAUCCUCAGCAAUUUUCCUCAGCGGUUGUAGCGCCACAGCGCGGCUUCAAUGAAACUGACGUGUUCUUGCACUCGUCUCUGCAACGAGAACAACGAACAGGCACGGCAAGUGUAGAAUGCGGACACGAAAUUCCAGUGACAGCACGACGACGAAGCCGCGGGGAGCGAGGUCCUCCUGGGGGAGCUGCAACACUGCCAGAUGUUCGUCUUCCCGACCUUCCGCGAACUCCACCUCCGCUAACUUCCCACGGAGACCGUGGACGACCCGGACGUGGGCAAUCUCAAUCUGAUUUUGCGCACCAAAGAGGAGCAGGUAGCGAUUAUUCACGUUCACAGUACGGAACCGGUACCGGAGGAGGCAUUGCUGAUCAUAGAGUAGAACAAGUAGAACGCCAGAGAGUUAUUUCUCAACCUGCACAGCCUGCGCCUGCACUGGGUCAGGUGGAGGUCGUAGUGGAGCAAGACCGGCGGCCGCUGCAUGGUUCUUUCAUGCAGGAUUCUAGUAGCACUGAUCGAUGGCCGCGUAACGAGUCCGCCCACCCGCUCCCCUACCAACAAAACACUGCCGUGCCCGGGAGCCCGAGUGGCAGUGUCAGAAGCGACGGGUCGCUCUGUUCUCUGGACGAUGUCGAAAGGAGCGGUCUCUCUAGUUGUGCUAGCGGCCCCGCCCAUGGACGUCACCCGAGUCAUCCAAGCUCCUGUACGGGCCGCCGGGCCACGCGCGGGAAGAAUAAUCGUGCGGCUGCUGUUUGUGAAAGAAGCAAGGAGCUUGGUUUGGACGAUUGCCAAUACUGCGCAAACAUGAAUAUAGCCUCCCUGGUCUUCACGGCUGAUCAACGGCGCGAAGAGGCAUACCAUGUGCAGUGCCAGGAGUGCGGCAGCUUUACGUGCCGCCAGUGCUUUUGGCCGCCAAUUUUUAGCGAUCCGGACUGGAGGGCAUUGGGCAUCGAAAACAAGGCUAUACUGAGGGAGAUCGAACAGCACGGCUACCGCUGCGAUAUGUGCGCCGGAUGGGACCCCCUGCUGCCGGUCUGUGUCGAAUGCAGGCGCUUCCCCGCAGGCGACGAUUCUUGUGAUUCGGGUACUAUCUAUGUUGAGUUGAAACACUUUUUAUCACUUAUUUUUCUGUUAUGUCAUUUUUGUCUUUGUGAUUGUGUUCGUAGCGCUUGUCAAACGAAACCUCUACAAUACUCCAGGUUCGCUGCGACAGUGCGGUAGUUGCCGUGCAAUGAUCUGCAAUGCCAAUUGUUGUGGAUCGGGUCCUCGCCCGACAAAUGAUUUUGGCGAGCCGAUCUGUAAGUUUUGUGCCGAACUCCUCGCACAGCAAGAGAAAACCGUUGCACCGGCGGCAGCAAAGUUGAAGUAUGACGACUGGGGGCCCGUUCUUCUGGACGAAGUGCGGACUCGGUCGGUGUGGCAGUUUCGCGAGCAGGUGCCUUUCGAUCGGUUCAUCGAAAUGUUUCCUUUCGAAAAGCAAGAGGCCUUUUGGCGGGAACACCACCUGCCCGUGUCCGAGACAGGGCUGACGCUGCGAGUUCAGGGGCGCGACGCGGUCGAGUGCCAACAAGGCCGCCAUUUGUCUGCUCCAAUCGUGCAUGCGGUGGGACCCGACCGGCUUGCGCUUCGCGAUGGAAAACUGCUUGCGGUCCAGUACAACACGUUCAAUUUUGAGUCGUUUUCCCAUCCACACAUACCCGACUUCGUGAAGGUGGGCUUUCAGAAGUGUGACGGGUUCCCCAGAAACUUCCGCCAACUACUUUUCUGGCGACGUCUACGGCAACAGGGCGAGGCAGAGCAGGCAAUCACCUACCAGAUCCCAGGGCAGGACUACCUACCUGUUGAGUCGCGCGACCUGCUCGCUCGGUUCGAUGCAAACGUUGCCGCAAACGCUGCCUCGCGCGGGCUAUGCCGCGGUUAUUUCCCGCAGCCUCCGGAAGCUAUUCCCUGGUCCGGCUUCGGUAAGCGCAGAAUGGAUGUUCGUCGCAUGUUUCCUGCCUCUGCGAACUAUGCCCUGACUGAUCGCACCGUUGUAUGCCUAUUCCGGGAAGAGUGGAUUCUGGAUUCGGAACUGCUGCGCGAAUUUCCGUUGGAGGAAGACCUCGAGCUCGCCGGGCCGCCUCUACUACCCGAACCGGUAGCGGAGGACAACACUGAUGCUUUUGAUGAGCAUCAAGUUCAGUCCGCUACAGAUGGGCUGUCGUCCCUCUCACUCGUCGCAAGGAUGGAAAAUUUUCAGGUCGGUACUGCACCGUCUUCGUCCGCCUCAUCAUCUCAGUGUGCUGGACAGCAACUUGAUACCGCUUUCAUAAAACAAACGCAAAGCGACGAGCCGAGUAGCAUUGCCGGUGACCACGAGUCCUCGCUACCGCUUCUGGAGCGCAUGAACGCCCGCUUUUCCAAUUCGGACGAGAGUGGACUGCAACGCUUCCCCCUCGACAAAGACCAUCACAAUGGCGCAAGCGGAAACGCAGGGAAUUAUGUACAAGAUUCUCACGGGCAAGGUGGUGCAGCUGCUGGCGGCGCCAGAAGCUUUUUCAUUCCAGAAGUGUUACAACAAAAUAUAAACGUAGGCCUGCGACCCAGUCCGAUUGGCUCUCCUACUCCUGCGCUAGCUGCUUUCCACCACCUGCGGACACGCGAAAAUACUGCGCAGGCGUCAGCGAGGCAGAAGAGCAACUACGGAACCUGGACUGCCGCCCAGUGUCCCAGGAGCGACGCUGCUGCAGCAUUGGGCGGCGUCGGCGCAGACGUAUUCUCCUCGCAGCGGUCGCUUGCUUCUGCAAGCAGGAGCAGCCAGUACAUGGACGCUGUAUCACUAUCAGCAAGAAGUCGUGAGGAAAAUAAAGAUGAUUCGCAGUAUGCACCGGCCCCCGCCCUUGCCCCUUUGCUUCUAGGAAGACAAGUACUAUCCAAAGGGUGGACGAUCGGCCGGUCGCAUACCAAUUCUCCCCCGAGGAAUUCCAAGAUGAGCAUGGCGAACAUUCCGAGCCCAAAUCGAGCGCGCCUUAAGCAGCGUAGCGAGCCAGCGUUGUCGCGGUCCGUUUCAAGCGGGGCCCACCAGCAGCAAAGCAAAUUCACUUCCUCCCCGAAGCGGAACAGCUUCCUCGAGAUGUUUUCCAGUACAAUCAUGGAGAGGCAGAAGGUGCUUGGUUACCAAAUCCACUCCUCUCAAGAAGAUGUGUUUGACAUGCUGAAGGGGCGCCGGCGUUCCACUUCUGUCUCACCACCGGCAAGUGGAAACGGGAAGCAAGCGACGCCACAGCAGGGACGAGAAGUGCCAUACGAUAUCAACACAUCUGUGAUAGUACGAGAAGAAGAAGAUGCGCAAGUGGAACAUGUCGCUCCUGAGGACGAUCAUCCUCAUACGGACCAAGUCGAAGUCGGUCACGACGACCGCGAGGUCGUCCCUGACGAAACAUCGAGACCACGAAAGACGACGGAUACAGACGACGCCCUGCUAGGUGGCAAUAAGUUGGAGAAGAUGGUGGAGUUGGAGCCACUACCUGUCCAGGCCAGCGAGAAGAGAAGACACAAUCAUGAUGAUGCUCGAGGGGGUGUUCGGGAAGUAGACAAUGAGAGCCGGCGGCAGCUGCAAGGCUCCCAUCACGGUAUUUUUGACGCCCCCGCGCGCAUGGGGAACAACGAUCAGCGCCGGCACGAUCUCGUUUCGCGUUCUUCGGCCGUUGGUCAGGUCGAUAUCAGCAGAGAGGAGCCUCCAGUUGAAUUGUCCGGAAUGGUUGAACUCUCCGAAAUGACGGACCUCCUGGAUGGGGCCAGCAUCAUAGGAGCGCUUGCUGAAGAAGUAGAUGCAGAAGAGACCGAGACGUCUCCGGAGCGAAAGCGUCCGCGUUUGAUGAAGCUCCCCGCAAACGCCCGUAUUGUAGCUGUAGAUCCGAUUUCACCGGACUCACAAUUUUCUGUAGUUUCCGGCGACGAUCAUGUUAGGCAAGAUGGCUCAGGAAUGGCGAAACACGAGAAUGAGGAAUCUAUGGAGCACCAUAUGCCGCGAGGGUACUCUAACAACGCAAGAAAGGAAGAAGAACUCUACUCCGCCAGAGGCGGGCCCGGUCCGCUGCAAAAAGAGGCUGUUGCACCCCCGCAACAUUUUUCCACGGCGUAUCUUUUACGUGCCUCGGAGUCAUUUGACAACAACCCAGAAGUCCGCCUGCUCUUAGCACAAGAUCAGAAAAAAACCGACAGCACUUUUGCCGGCGACGCUGGCACAGCAGACCACGCGCCACAACCAAGCGCAGAAGACGAUGUUGAAAACAGCGAGCACGACGAGCAGUUCGAAGAUGACCCAGGAAAUCUCCCUGGCGAUCCCGGCGUGGUUCGACGUCAGAAACCUCUACGGGUACGACCGCUACCUGAGUGCUUGCGAAUACCGGCCCUCAGUUUUAGCGACCUUGCCUUCAGUGUCGAACACAGUGUGGAAGAGCCUGACGACAGCAGGGACGAAAAUGGUGAUGUCGCGAAGGCGAGCUUUGCCCUGGAAAGUCGACCGGCCUCUCCGCUCGAAACCCUACACCGAGAUGAGCUGCGACGUGAAAGCAGUUUCAGUCGCGAACUUGAGUUGAUACUACACGCGCCCUACCAUCGCAGCGAAGAAGAAGCAGCAGCAGCGAACAGAAGCCCAAAUCUGAGCGUGCUGCUGCAGAGCAGCCAGGAGGACCAGGAGAAUGAAGCUGGAGUAGGAGAGCCGCUAGCGAAGCGCAGGAAAACGAAAACGUCAUCGCCAUCGUCCAGUGCGGCGGCCUCAGAAAAGGAUGAAAACAAGGGACCAGAAGCUGCCAAGAACAUGAACUUGAUUUCAGGUCCAGGCCGAGGAGGAAUGAAAUCUUCAUCAUUCGGCCAGGAGGAAGAUUCCCCAGAACCCGGCGUGCACCCAGACUACAGACCAAUCCCAGCGGAGCACACGUGUUACACCGAAGUUGUUGAUGUGCACACUCUCGGGUACUUCGUUCGGGAACUACAGUUCGCCCCUCGAACGGACCCCGCAAGCCGCAAGUAUCUCGCACAAGCAGAGGAGUUGCUAGCGGUAGCGCUCCGACAUGAAGGUCGAAUUCCAAUGAGCUACCACCGCCCGAAGGGAAUGGGGCGUCGCUACGCCGAUCACAAGUAUUCGCUGCAACACGUUUCCAAGCUUGUCCGCGCCGCGGCCUGCGGACACCUCGCAACAGAUGUCGACCUGCAGAAUUGCUACCCAACCCUCUUGGUGCAGCUGCUUGAUAAGCCUGCCUUUGCGGAAAAUCUCGCACAAGUUGUCAAGGAACAACCAGUCGCAUUUCGCGAGGGUCACGGCUUGCCUGACGGGGGUGCAGGUAUUGUAAUGUUGAUCUUGAUAAAUCAAUGUGGUUGUCGUGCCUCUAUCUUCUACAAUACACUUUCAUGAUCAACAGCAUUAUCAAGUUCAACAAAGUACAGCUACGCGUAGUUAGCGCAAGUUCAUCCGUGCAACCGAAAUUUUAGAAAAAGUGCGAGAAAACCAACAAAAUUUACUGUCUCCGCGUACUUUUGUCAGAUCCCCUGGCGAUGAUUCGUUUGUACACGACUAACGGCCGCGAGAAUUGCCUGAAGCGGAUCCAAAAUUACUACAACGUCACGCGCGAGGACGCUAAGGAAUUGUUGUUGCGGCUUCUCUACGGAGGCGGGAUAGACGCCUGGAAGCAGCAUUGCGGCAGCGCUGUUCCCGGGAACCACGGCUUCGUGCGGCGGUUUGAGCAGGAAGCGAAUGUCUGCAUGGAGGUCGUGGCGCGCUCGCGGCCGGAUCUGCUGCAACUGUUUUCGGGUCGACAACACCCGAAGCGAACCCUCCUGUCCUACGUGAUCGGCGAGCUGGAGGACGCAGUGCUCUUCGAGUUGGAGCGCGUCAUUGCGGCGACCAAUGGGAAAUACCAAGUUUCCGCGCUGUGUUUCGACGGCAUGCUGGUUUACCAUAACCAGACGUCAAUAUGAAAGCCUCAGGUUGGAAAUCCUCAAAGUGAAAAUAAUUUGUAAUGCAAAAAAACGACGCCAGUUCGAGCAGCAUUUAUAGUCGGCGCAUGACAAAUUUCCCGGGCACUCAAAACGUGUUUGUCAUGCUAGUUAGGCAAAGGGGUGCCCUUCUCCCGUGCUAAUCAGCAGCCCAAUUCUGAACCCGUAGAAGCACAGUAGUCGGCCUCCAUUGCGUUCUCUGCAAUACAGUCUUUUUGGUGUCGCAUUUCAUGCAUCACAAAUUAUUUCCACUUUGAGGAUUUCCAUUCUGAGGGUGUCAUACUCAAGCUUUCUGGAUUCCAUGGCCGAGGAAUUGCCACAGCUGCUCCUGUAUGAAUUGCAAAAAUGUCUGGGUCUGGACGAUUGCAACUUGUCAUGGUAAAUCUGAAGCAUGCAAAAAUCUGUGUUGCAUGAGUGCCAAAAGCGGUAUACUUUUGACCAAGUUGGAAGGGACUUUCUCAUGCAGGAUAGGCAUGGCAGAGACCUCGUAGAGUCUGUCAUGCUAAGUGCCGCACUCCAGACCUCAUGGGUCAUGGAAAUUCUGCAUGACAAGUCUACACUUUUCCAGACCCAGACAUUUUUACAUUUGAUAUCCUGGAGGCCGAACGCAUCGUGCAACUGAAACUCGGGUACACGGUGCGUUUUGAAAUCAAACCGCUAGCGGUCAGAUUAGCCGAGGCCACCGCCAUGGCUUCGGGGCUGGUGCAAGCAGGUGCUAGUAUUCAGCAGAACACCUUGAUGCAGUUUUCCACUGCGGCUGGUGCAGCUCUUGGUCCUCGUACUGCGUUGAUGUUCGGCGGGAAUAAAAAUACUUCCAAUUCCAUGCACCGCGGUCACAAUCCUACGGAGGAGCGGAUGAGGAGGGACCUUGCGGAACUUGACCAGAGAUUGGCACUGGGAAAGCAGAAGCUGCUGCAAGCACAGUUAUCGCGCCUGCGGGAGCAAGCGGAAGCGGAGCAAGACCACGCCGACGAGGUAGCCGCGUGGCGAGCGGACAAUAUCGAGCUGCGAACUAAGGUGGACGAGCUGAAGGCGUCGGUGGAGGUUGCGGAGGCAGCCGCGAAGACGGCGAAGGGCGAUAGCUUCAAGGAUCUCAAGGAGAAGUGGUCGCAUGUCUUCGAAACUUGCAAGAGAAAAGCAAAAGAUCGCUUGGACGAGGUUCUCCUUCACCAAAAGGGAAAACUUGAUGCUGCACAGAAACUGUGGGACAAGGAAAGAGCGGCGCUGCUGCGCGAAAAGGCAGAGCAGAAAGAAAAGUUGGACAAGCAUUGGAAGGCACUCAUGGAGAAGCAAGCAAGUAUUGCGAACGAAACCCGCAAAGCCGCAGAGAGUGAGGCGAGAAGAGGGAUGGCGAGAAUGCGCAGCGCGAUAGACCAGGCAAACGGCAACGUGGCGAAGGCAAACGUAGAAAUCAACCGUAUCUGGGCGGAAGGACAGGCCUUUUUCGAAGAAAACAACCUCCUCAGAGAGCAGCUCCGCCGUGCCGGUAUCGAGCCAGGAGAUGUUCCUGAUAACAUAGCUGAAGCAAUCGGCGCAACCAACUUGAAAGAUGAAAAUGAACAAGCUGCCGCGAUUGUGUUUGGACAGAGCGGCAAUGGGGCUGUGUCGAGGCAAGUAGAAGAGAAGAGGUGGGCACCGCACCCCGAUCACCAGCAACAAGCUUCGGCCUUCACGGGCGGAAGUGGGAAAGCAGUGCGCGGCGAUAGUGACCGCGAGGACAAGGAUCGAGUUCCAGACACAUCUAAGAACGCAAAGGAGCAGCCCAGCGGCAUGGGACGCACGCUGCUGCAGAAUGGAGAACUACAAGAGGACCACAAGCCCGCCAGCCCGGCUGGGGCGAAAAAAGGUAGGGGUAGAGGUAGACCUAAAAAGGCUGCGGCUCCACCAGCGGGAGACAAGUCGAAAGCAGCGCUCGCGAUCGCGGCAAGCCAUCAAAACGCGGAUAUUAAGGAAGCUGCAGGCGACGCAGGGAACGGAAUCUCGUCGUCCACCUCGCAAUCCGCGGCCCCGCAAGACUGGUCGAAGGCAGACGAGAAGAAGCUAGCCGAAGCGGCGCGCCGGCACAACCUAGCAGACGUGGCUUACUGGGAGCGGGUUAGUCAGGACGUCGGUCGCCCCAUAGCAGAAUGCCGAGCGAGGUGGGCCGCAAAGGAAAAAUGGGAGGUGAAGGCUCGGGGAAACAAGAGGUCCCCGGCAAGGGCAAGAGGAACGAGGGGGCGGUCCAACGCAAGAAACGCCUUGAUGGCGCGGGGCGAUGCGAAGGAGGAGCAGAAGGUGCAGCCCAAGCUGCCCACCGCACCAGUACCGGCGCCCUCAGCUUCCUUACAAUCACCGAGGGAAAGCAGGGUCAGGGAUGAAAGCAAACCGGGGGAAGUUAAAGAUGCCAAGCCCCUUGCCAUCGGCACCGGCGUCAGCGAUGGUCGACCACGCGAGGAAUGUGCUGCUCCACCUGUGUCGGCCAUGGUGUCCGAGAAGAAAGAUCAAGAAGCCCUAGCCUUGGCUGCUGGCACGGCAGCAAAGCCGAAGCUGCAACACCUACAGGAGGCCAAUAAAGCUACUGCAGCUGAUGCAGCGCCAGCCGCUGUUUCACAGUCGUCGUUGCAGAUUAGUUUGCCAGCGAUAAAUAAGAAGCCGCAACAGCUUAUUUCUCAGAAAGAAAGCAUCAAAGCGGCGGAUGUAACGAGCUCCCCGAUUCGAAGACUUGGCGGCGUGGACAUUCCGGAGAAACCCGGUCCGAAGCGCGACGCAGCGGUGCAAAAAGCUUUGCUGCAAACCAAGCCAAAAGAGGAUUUCUUUGCGGCGUUCCUGGGGCCGCCAAGCAACAAGAUGAAGCCACCUGCUGGGCGGCCACCACGCAAGAACGGCAGCGGGGGUACAGCACCGUCCUCUUCCAGCAGCUCCAGCUCGGCACUACAUGCCGCUGGAACGGACAAUAAAACGCCGCCUGGCAAACGGAAAAACGCCCCUGGAACAAAAGUAGCAGCUUCUCCGUCGAUGGCAAGCUCCUUCCAGUUUUUCGUGAACAACAAGCAGAAGAAGCAGGAGAAGCCCGAAAACAUCGAGAAUUCACAUGACCAUUCUGGGUAUAUUUCAUUUACAUGAUGCAAGAACUCGUCAGCUUUUGUCUCCUGAAAUUGAAUCAAUGGUCAUGGUGGUUGAAUUUGCAUUUUCAAAAAUUGCUAUUAGCAAUUUUUGUGUCAACGCCAACUCGUCCACUCAUCUUCACCACAGGUCAGCAUCCACUUCAUCCUCGUCCAUUAACGCACCAGAAGAUGAUGACUACGGCGCAUCAAGUGUCACUCCAAGCCAGGCCACUCCACACGGACUCGUUGCCGACGCGGACGAUAUUGAUAAAGCAUUGAUGGCCGGCCGGCCCAAAGGGGUUGAAAAAUUCAAGGCGGAGUUUCGAAAGAAUAGCCAGAGGUUUCGAAAACAGCAAUCUCUGGCCUUUAUGCCGGCAGAGGGAAAAGCUUCACUCAAGUCAACAAAGCCAUCAAAGGUUUAUGUGAAUUAUCGCUUCAUCUGUGAGGCUUCUCCACGCAAGAAAAAUAUACACACACGCAUCUCGUCAGCGAGGGCAUUUUGUACGUAGAAGCCCACAACACCAGAGAAAAAUCAAAAAGUAUAGGCGUUCUACUCGUAUUCGUUCUGCUAAUUUAUUCAUCAGAGUCGUUCCCAAACAAACAAGAAACUGAAACUUGCAUUGAUGAUUUUUGACCGGCGAAGUUUUCUCCAUGAUAGUUUCAUUGCUUACUGAAGAGCAAGAGUCGCUGUACGACUCGCGCCCUCGGUCGCAGCUUGCCCAGAAGGAGGAUGAAAAGCGGCUGUUGAAGCACCUGAGGAAGAUCGACGCGAAACGCGCUAAGGAAAAAUACGAGGGGGACGAAUUCUGGGAAGCUGACAAGAACAAUACCGAUGAAGACAACGUGUGGAACGAUUUUGAGGAGAGCAGCCACGACAGCAAUGGAUCCCUAUCCGACGGUGCAGAAAAUACGUCGUAAUUGUGUAAAGGACACGGUGAAGCUCAAGAAGCAAAAAGCAAUUGAAAUUUGCAUGCCUCUAUUCUUCAAGUUGUAUAAAACUCACACGAUCUCAGUCACCACUGAGAAUCGCACGAAAAUUUCACACCGAGAAAGAAUUUUGAGCCGAAAACUACUGUCACCACUGAGAAUCACACGAAAAUUUCACACCGAGAAAGAAUUUACCGAAAACUACUGCUGCCUCGAAAAAACAAGAGUCUUUUUUUCUUACCUCUGUAGUGUGAAAGCAAUACGAGGAGGACGCCAAGAAGGGCGGGAACACGAACAGAAGCUGCAAAAAACUCGCACGGGAAGUAACUUCAUUAGUUUCUUCUUCCAAGAUGCCGGCUUCUAAAGAUCAAACUAGAUGAUCGAUAGACUUAGCAUUACACAAUUCAAAAAACGAGAGACGUGAAAUCUCAAUCUCCGGUAUCUAAAGUGCAGCCUAUGCUGUAUCUAGAGAAAGAAAGCUUUCAUGUGAAUAAAUUUAAAUGUGACUUCACAAUGCUCGCUAAACCACAACAAGUUGAAACCCACUUCCAUAGAAGAAGGUAGAAGCAAAUGCCGAGGGAGAUUUAU